GUUCACUCGGAGUUGAUACACAACAAUGGCGCUUUACCUUUUGUACGAGUCGGCCUCUGGUUAUGGGCUGUUCCUGGCGCACGGGCUCGACGAAAUCGGACAGAGUACCGAUGCUGUCCGGAAGUCAAUCGCCGAUCUCAAUCGCUUCGGCAAAGUUGUAAAACUCGUUGCAUUUAACCCCUUCGAGUCCGCUCUCGAUGCCCUGAAUCAGUGCAACGCCGUUUCCGAAGGGCAAAUGACAGAUGAGCUAAGGAACUUCUUGGAACUUACUCUCCCAAAGGUAAAAGAGAGUAAGAAGGCUAAGUUCAGUUUAGGCCUUGCAGAACCAAAGCUGGGAUCACAUAUAUUUGAAGAAACUAAAAUUCCUUGCCAAAGCAAUGAAUUUGUUCUAGAGCUUUUGCGAGGGGUGAGGUUGCAUUUCGAGAAGUUCAUUGAAAACCUAAAGGCGGGUGACCUGGAGAAAGCUCAGCUGGGUUUGGGACACAGCUAUAGCAGAGCAAAGGUCAAAUUCAAUGUUAAUCGGGUCGACAAUAUGGUUAUUCAAGCAAUAUUCUUGCUUGAUACUCUUGAUAAAGAUGUAAAUACCUUCUCAAUGAGAGUCAGAGAAUGGUAUUCUUGGCAUUUCCCGGAACUGGUGAAGAUUAUUAAUGAUAAUUAUCUAUAUGCCAAACUGGCAAAAUUUAUUGAGGACAAAUCCCAGUUAGCUGAGGACAGCUUACCAGCCUUAACUGAAAUAGUUGGAGAUGAAGAUAAAGCCAAGGAAAUAGUAGAAGCUGCAAAAGCAUCCAUGGGGCAUGAUUUGUCUCCAAUUGAUUUGAUUAAUGUCAAGCAGUUUGCACAGAGAGUAAUGGAUCUCUCUGAGUAUAGGAAGAGCCUCUAUGAUUAUUUGGUUGCCAAGAUGCAUGACAUAGCACCAAAUUUAGCUGCUCUGAUUGGUGAAGUUGUUGGAGCCCGUUUAAUAUCUCAUGCUGGUAGUCUUACAAACCUUGCCAAAUGCCCUUCUUCUACCCUUCAGAUACUUGGUGCUGAGAAGGCACUCUUUAGGGCCUUGAAGACCAAAGGGAACACACCCAAAUAUGGUCUUAUAUUUCAUUCUUCCUUCAUUGGUCGUGCUUCUGCUAAAAACAAAGGGCGAAUGGCACGAUAUCUUGCAAACAAAUGCUCUAUUGCUUCACGCUUGGACUGUUUCUUAGAUAACAAUACUACAUCCUUCGGUGAGAAACUCCGUGAACAAGUUGAGGAGCGGCUUGAUUUUUAUGAUAAGGGUGUUGCACCGCGCAAAAACAUAGAUGUGAUGAAAGCUGCUAUAGAAAAUUUCCAAACUAAAGAUGCAGAUAUGUCUAUGGAUGCGGACACAACACCCAGCAAACCUUCCACAAAGAAAAGCAAGAAAAAGAAAUCCAAGGCCGUGGAGGAUAGUGAACCCAUGGAAGAAGAUAAACUCGAUAAUACAAAUGGUGAUGCAUCUGAAGAACCAAAGAAGAAGAAAAAGGAGAAGCGAAAAGCAGAAGAGGAGCUAAACAACAAAGGUGCAGAAAAUGCAAAUGGUGUGAAUGGAACUGGAGACGUGGAUGGAAGUACAAAAAAGAAGAAAAAAAAGAGUAAGAAAGAGGGAGAGGAAGUUGAAACAGCUACUGAAGGUAAAAAGAAAAAGAAAAAGUCAAAGGCUGAAAAUGAAGAAUGAUACGGUGAGAGAGAUUGCAACCAGUUUAAUCCAGUAGUAUACUCUACGUGGGUCUUAAAUUUUGAAAGGCCAUGCCUGCCUGUAUUUCAUAUAAUUUUUAUCUUUGUUCUGGGGUAUUAUUAUGAUAUUAUCUCUUUACUUUAUUAUACCCAAAUCUAUAUCAUGUUUGUUAGAGACCCCUAAUCAAAUGAGUUUGACUGCUUAACUAUGUUCUUAAUUCUUUGUUUCAUCUGUAAUGGUGAUAUAUUGCACUGUAAUCCAAAUGCUAUCUUAAAGCUUUCUUUUGACCCCCA